AUGGUUAAAAUAUUUGUUCACUUAAACAAAAAUAAUUUUGUUUUUUCACAAUGCUCAUCAGUUUCAAAUUAUACAAAUUAUGGUUGUUCUAAUAUAAAAAAUGAACAAAUUCAAGGAGUCAUGUGUAAAUCUAUUGGUUAUUCAAAUAGCUAUGUCUUUACAAUUCAACCUAAAUGUCCUAUUAUAACACCUACUUCACCUCCAAUAUACGCAGAAAUAGGUAGAACAAAUUAUUAUACAAUUGAAAAUGGUAAUUUACCAGUUACAAAUUGUUACUCAAAUUUUUAUACUACAAAUAUUUAUAAUUUUGGAAAAAAUUGUUUAAAUUCAAGUGAUUCCUUUAUUAAAACAGUUAAUUAUAAAAUUGAAAAAGAUUUAAUUAUUCAAAGUUGUUCAAAUAAUAUCACAUAUUUCAUACCAAAUUUUAAUUCAUCAUUAUUGGUUUUAAAUGAAACAAAUGGAAAUGGUUAUUGUAAACAAUUUGGUGCAAUAAAUUCAUAUUAUUCAACUUUUUGGUAUGCAGAAUUUAAAUGUCCAAAUUGUAAUUAUGGAAAAUGUGUAAAUAAUAGUAAAUGUUUAUGUGAUAAAGCAUAUCAAAUUGAUGAAUUUUGUAGAAUUAAUUUUUGUGAUCAACCAAUUAAUCCAUGUGUUGGUAAUAGAACAUGUGAUAGAGUCAAUGCAGAUUGUUAUUGUAGUCCAGGUUUUAAAUUAAAUGCUAAAGGUGAUUGUAUUGAUAUUGAUGAAUGUUUAAUUUCAGAUGGCGAUUUUAAUAAUUAUACUUGUCCAAUAAAUUUUAUUUGUAAUAAUAAAAUUGGUACAUAUAGUUGUGAUUGUCCAUUCACUCUUACUAAUAAUAAUACGAAUUGUAUAAUAAUAACUCCCACUUUUCCAAAUUUAGAACCAUCCAAAAAUUCAACUACAUCAUUUAAUUUAAAAAGUCCAAAUACAGAAUUAUUUGAAAAUUCAAAAUUUAAAUCAUUAAUUAUAAUUAAAUCAUUAAAUGAACUUGAUUUUCAAGAUAAAAUUAUAAAACAAUAUAAUUUAGAAUCAAUAUUAUGGUCAUAUAAUAAUCAAACCAUUAAUGAUACCAAACAAAUUGAAACCUAUUUUUAUAAUACAACUAUUAAUUCAACAUCAAUUUCAAAAUCAUUAAAUAAAUCUACAGAAAUUAAAGUAUUAUUUAAUUGGUAUAAAGAUAUUGAUUCAAAUGUUAAUAAUAAAAUUAAAUUUGCAAACCAAGAAAUUAAAAUUGAACCAUAUUCUUUAAAAUUUAAUAUAGAAAUUUCAAGUUAUUCAUUUGAAAGUGAUUUAAAUACUUUGAAAUUAAUAAUUCAAAGUCAAGUUGAUAGUCAAAUUGAAAAUGAUUGUCCAACUAAUUCAAUCAAUAUAUAUAAUAAUUUAGAUAAUUUUAAAAUUAAAUUAAAUGAUAGAUCAUUAAAUUGUAAUUUUAUAAAAAGAGGUAUUGUUGAUGGUACAAUAACAACAUUAUCAAAUUCAUAUUUAUUUACGAAUUCAACAAAUUUAUCAAUAGCAAUUAAUAUACCACAUUAUGAAAAUUUAAUUCAAAUGGAUCCAUCUUUUAGUAUUUUUAUUGAUCAUACUUCAUCAACAAAUGAACAAGGAUGUAAUAAUGAAAAAUCAAGGGAAUGGGUAAAAAUUACUAUAGGUGUAGUUGUUGGUGUUGUUGGUUCUACAAUUUUCAUAAUUGUUGGUUUUAUAUUAUAUAAAAGAAAUCAAACAAAUAUUAAAGUUGGUUUAAAUAAAUUAAAAAAAUUAGGUAAUGAUUAA